GAGGCUGCAGACACAUAACAGGAGAGGCGAAGCGAGCGGGAGACGCGAUUUGGGGCUGAAUCGCCAACGAACGAACGAACGAACGAACGAACGAGUGAACGGACGCGAGCGUGACACAGGCGCUUGAUUGUGUAAUAGAUUUUUUUUUUUUUUUUUCCCAGAAGAAGAGCAGCAAAGAAGGAACCAGUGGAGGAGGGGGGGAUUGCAACAUUCAACAUCGUUUAUUUUCUUCGCUGUUUCAUGGCGCAAGGGCUACAAGGAGAGCAGGAGCGUGUUAUUCUCCUAUCUACCACCAACACCACCACCACCACCACCACUACUACUAUUAUUACUACUACGGCUACUGCUGCUGCUGCUGCUACUGCUACUGCUCCUGCUCCUGCUGCUGCUGCUCCUAUCCUGGCGUCCUCCUCCUCCACGGCACUGAUUUACCCCCGGUUCUCCAGCAGCGGGAGGAAACCAAGCGCCAGCCGCGUCUGUGUCGAGUGAUGCCCGCUCUGCCUCUGUCCCGCUCCGCACAAGAACAAGAAGAAGACCCCCAUUUUCGGCGGAAAGCUUCCCAGAGCUUUAGGGAUACAUAUGGAAACUGGCGACCAGAAUUUUAGGAAAAAGGAAUCUCCAAGCGGUUUAUUUUUUGGUUUGCUUUCUAUCUAGGCUGCUCAUAAGAAGCUCUGGUAAUUAAUUAAUUAAUAAAUGAAUUGAGUCGUUGAGGCUUGAUUUUACCCCACAUUUCAUUGUCUAGUUGCGUGCGUGUGUGCGUAAAUAUACAGAUAGAUACUGUAGGUAGAUAGAUAAAUAGCCAGGGCUGAUCAUUUACGCGUCGUUGUGUCGGUUUUGAUUUGGCUGCUCGCUCUUGUGUUCGCUCUAAUAUGAAAGAUUCCCUCGCUGCUGUCUCUUUCCUCGCGUUCUUCCGUUUGAUUCACGCCAGGACGCUGUAGUGGACAGGGUGACGUUAAAGCGCUAAACCCCACUAGUUGUUUUAAGGGACUGUUUAAGUGAUUUAGGAGACGUAGAAGAGUCCGCGCGCCCGCCUCAUGCCCGCGUGAACAUAGGAACAGGUAGUUUUUAGGCCUGCCUCAGUUCAGCUUCAUCUCAGUGCCAUUUAUAGUCACUGCCAGUCCGCGCGUAAGGACAUCUCUGCGCCCCGGUUCAGCUGCAGGCCGGAGCCGUGUCCUCUCUGCACACGUCUGAUUAUUAUUGUGGUUCAAAUCCAAACGCCAAAAAAAAACAGAGAGGAGACACGAAACUCGGUCUUCCUCUCACCUCCCUAAACCCUGCGUCCGUUUUUCUCUGUUGAAGUCCUCACCCAAACGCAACCAUAAGGUUCCUACCGCAUCCUCCUCCUCCUUCCCUCUCCUUCCGCUCGAGUAUAUCCCGCUUUUUCGGUUUGGUCUGGUCCCGUAAAUUUUCAAAUAUUUACUUCUUGUACAUUAAGAGGAAAGGGGGUCCCCCUUUCAUGGAAUGCGGAAACAUGGGUCUCUUCGACCGCGGAGUCCAGAUGCUGCUGACCACGGUGGGAGCCUUCGCGGCCUUCAGUCUCAUGACCAUCGCGGUCGGCACGGACUACUGGCUGUACUCCCGCGGCGUCUGCAAAACCAAGUCCAUGAGCGAGAACGAGACCAGCAAGAAGAACGAGGAGGUGAUGACCCAUUCAGGGCUGUGGAGGACCUGCUGCUUGGAAGGAAACUUCAAAGGCAUGUGUAAACAGAUAGACCACUUCCCAGAGGAGACCGACUACGAGGCCGAUCCUUCAGAGUACUUCUUACGUGCGGUCCGAGCCUCCAGUAUCUUCCCCAUUCUCAGUGUGAUUCUGCUCUUCAUGGGGGGGCUCUGUAUAGCUGCCAGUGAGUUCUACAAGUCACGCCACAACAUCAUACUCAGUGCAGGCAUCUUCUUCGUCUCUGCGGGCCUCAGUAACAUCAUCGGGAUCAUCGUGUACAUAUCAGCCAACGCAGGGGACCCCUCCAAGAGCGACUCCAAGAAGAACAGCUACAGUUACGGGUGGUCGUUCUACUUCGGGGCGCUGUCCUUCAUCAUGGCGGAGAUGGUGGGGGUCCUGGCCGUGCACAUGUUCAUCGACCGGCACAGGCAGCUCCGGAUAGGGGCCCGCGCCGCUGACUACCUCCAGGGCUCAGCCAUCACACGCAUCCCCAGCUACCGCUACCGCUACAGACGCCGGUCUCGGUCCUCGUCGCGCUCAACAGACCCCUCUCACUCGCGGGAUGCCUCUCCGGUGGGUCUGAAAGGCUUCAGCGCGCUCCCCUCCACCGAAAUCUCCAUGUACACGCUCCCCCGAGACACGCUGAAGUCCUCCGGAACGCCCACGGCAACCUACAACUCCGAACGCGAUCACGCCAACUUCCUGCAAGUCCACAACUGCAUUCAGAAAGAUAUCAAAGACUCCAGCCAUAGCAACACAGCCAACCGCCGCACUACGCCUGUAUGAGAGAAGGGGGCAGAGAUGGUCCAGAUGUUAUAAAUAUUUAAUCUUUCGAAAAACCAAGGAGACAACCAUGCAAGCAACCCCUGUGGAAACGCCAUAGGAGAAGACGCAGUUGGAUUUUCAUGUUUAUAAAAAUAGAUUUGUUGUUUUUUGUUUCAGCUGCAUGAUCGAUCCAUUUACCAUUGUCGAGAGAGCUUUGAGCGUUGGACUAAAAAGUACGUUAACUGGGAGGUCUACUACUACUACUACUACGAAAUAAUGGUAUUUUUUCCCAUUAUAACAAAGGGGCUACGGGUUAUAUAGGCGAAAAGGGAGCGUUUCAUUAUUUCAUACAUUUGGCGUUUUGUUUGCCCGAAAAUUCUGGGCGGGAGCGUUAAUUCAAGCUCCAAUUAUAGCCACUGGUUAUUUAUUGUUAUAAUUAUUAUGAUUAUUAUUAUUAAUUUUUUGCAUUAAAACUGUGAAUUGUUACAGCUGGGUGUUCAAUACGAAAUCGCCCAAGCUGUAAUCUCGAACAAAGGUACUAUAUAUAUGUAUUACUUUUAUAAAUAAAUUAUUAAUAAUCAAGAGAUACAGAAGCAAAAAAAUGACAAAAAAAAUCUACAAAAAAAUACGAGUUAAUUAUGAAAAAACUGUUGGUAACAAAUGAACUUUUAGUAUCGGUUUGAAGGUCGUACCACGGUGGGAGUAAUCAGCUGGCAGCAGUAGAAAUAAUAUUUAUUCUUUUAAAAUCCAAACCUUCUCAACUUUCUCUUCUUCCUCGUUCGCUUUCUUUUGGGAUCGUUUGGCCGGCGACGCUGCAAAAAACUCAAACUUCCAGCGACUUUUUCAGAAAUCCACAAAAAGGAAGGAGCAGAGGAGAGAAGGAAAAGAAGAGGACGCCAGUCUCCAAAAGUCAAAAAAUACAACAACAUGAAAUAGUUACGAAGCUAAGAGACUCAACAAUCUCACAAAUUUAAUGCAUGCUAGAAAAAUUACCGCAGCUCUGCUCUUGAGAAACUUAAGUUAAUAAUUAUU